AUGGAUUCUCCUAGCAAAAAGCCACUGCAAGAUAUAUCAAAUAAUGCCUCACCACCGUCAUCUUCUAGUGAUGAAGUUUUCAAAAGGCUUUCGAUGUCUCCAACUAGGAAUCAUAGAUUAUUAGAUAAACCAGCAGUACGACUCUCCCCCCAACAAAGGAUACAAACUCCCAAACGACUUCCAUCUCCGGACAUUCUAAAACCUACACAGAGUCUUGAUAGAUAUGAUCGCCCUAAAUCCAAAGUGGUAAAGAUCAACGAAAUAGUGUUCCCAAAUUCACCAACCAAAACAACCAAUGUAUUAAAAAAUGUGCCUGUAUCUGGAGGUGAUGGUUCCCUUUCAAGAAUAAGGAAUAGAUUCAAAAUUAACAAUCCCAGCCCUGUAAAAAUGAACUUGCUUGAUAGAUUGCAUCAAGAAGAGAGUCCGCAGACUAAGAAAGAAUUAACCACACAUGAUAAUGACGCCAGCGUUGCUAAAGGCCUCCAUCAUAAUUAUACUAAGGGUUCCAGAGUCGAAAGGACAAAUAGGAAAACUAGAUCUAAAAGUGUUAUGUUCAAACUACCCGAAGAUCGGUUGAUAGCUUUAGAAUUAAAUGAAAUGAAGAAACUAAAUAAUGAUCUGCUCUCAAGAGUAGCAGAACUCGAGGAGCGUGUAUCUACAUUGGAGAGAAAACUACCAUGA